GUACAACCAUAAUCUGAAAAUAAAAUAUGCAUAGUCUUGUUCUUCUUUUCCUCCUUCUUUGAUAUGCUACUACAGUAUUGUUAAACAUUAACACAUACUAGGUCUAGAGGUGACCAACUUUUUGCAAAUGUUUGUUCCACAGGUUCUAAGAAUGGUAUAACAAAAACUAAUAGAAUAGCAGACAAAGGUGCCUGGUAAUAUAAUAAUUGCAUUGGAUCCAUGUCAAAUUCUUUCUGUUUUGAAUUCAGCAUCUAUAAAUAAAAGUUUAUGAUAUAUCAAUAUGUUAAAAUUAAGCUCUUUAAGAGAUAUAACAAAUAUGUCCCACCACUUGGUAUAAAGAUGUUACAAACACUCCCAUAGUUGCAUAAAUAGUUCCAACAAUAUUAAAUUGUAUGUCAUAAUAAAAAUUUACUAUUACACCUAAUAUAAUCGGGAUUAGUGUUAAUUUAACAAGUAUACUACAGUGUUUUUUAUAGAACAUUAUUUGCAGUAUUAUCACACAAGGCAUUGUUAACAUUUUAGCCACUUGAUAAGUUCCGAUUGUAUUGUAUGCCAGGCUUAAGUUUGUAAGUACCACAAAUCCGCAAAAGGUCAUGGCAAUCCAUAACAUUUCCUUGAUGGCUACAUCUUUUAUACAAAAUACGUCAAAUUUCUCACAGAUUAUCAAUCCCACGAAGGUAAUAAGAAAGUGUAUCAUAGACAAUGUGACGUUUGGGAAGUCUGUGUGGACGUACAGCCAUUUAUUCAACAGUACAAUUACAAUUGAGAACAAUAUAUUUAGCAUUAAGUAGAAUGCCGUGACAACUCUUUUAUUCAUACUCUGUUCACUGUUUUUCGCUACUAAUAUACAAUCGGCAAAAUAAAUGUAACCUUUUUUUUUUUAAAUUUCGCUUCACACUAUGAAAAAUGUGCAUGCGUCGUGCAUUUUUAAUUUGUUUAUUAUGUAUGUAUUAGAUGCGAGUUGAUUUCGCUGAUCUUUCUUCAUUUAUACGUACAUUUUAUCUAAUCAUCAAGUCGAGCGAAUUUAUUGAAUACAAUCAUCGCGCGCGCGCCUCGAUCUUCUAUGCAUUGUACAUUGACGAAUUUGAGCGAUUUAGAUUAAGGUUAUGUCGAGGCUCGAGGGCGCCAAAACGAACCGCACGAAGCGCAACAUAAACGUUCGAUACGUACUAAAAUUUUAAGCGGCAUUGUAAUGUAAAUUGAUAAUUAGAUACAUAGAGCGUUUAUUUUCAAAGUAAACUGGAAAAUGGAAGAAUUUCCACUUGGUUAUCGAGAAGUUGUGCCUGAUCAAACAGUGCCAGAAAAAUGGAACGAAAUUACGUUAAACACAGGAGGCAGUCAAAGUACCUUGCAGGAUAUUAAAGUGCCAGAAAGAGCUGGUGGUUAUUCAUACAAAGAUUGUUCAAAGUACUACACACGUAAUCGGUUUAUUUACUGGCGUAUCUCUCACGAUGUUCUUGAGUUGGUUGAACAUAGUUUAGACAUUAAUUUGGUUAAUUGUAGAAUAAGGUACAAGUUUACAGAUACGCCAAUCUUGGAUGGUAUUUCAGUACAUGAAAUAGGUAAUUUUGUUAUCAUACUGAUAGCAACUGUUUCUAGUAUACAUAAACUAUCUUUUCCUCACCCUGAAAGAAUCUACAAAAACGAGCUUAGUACCUAUAAAGAUCUAGGUGUACAAUCAAUAUUUAGUGAAGCAUCAGGUCAAAAUGUUAAAAAAGUGAAAGAGGAUCCUCAUAUGUUUUAUGUUAUUACAAAUGCAGGAACAACAAAUUCUCCGGUGCCUCAUGCCGCCACCUCGUGGUACAUAGCACCACAAGAUGCAUUAUUCGCACUUGCAUACAACUCUGGAGUUAUACUCCUGUUGAGACUAGACAUAAAAACUGGUGUUGUCCAUACCAGUGAGUUAAAGGAGGAUUCUAUCGUGCCAAGGUUCCUCAGUGGCAUAGCAACUGCUUUUAGGGGUCGUAACUCCGAAGCUCAUGUGGCUAUGUCUUUGGUGAUACAUAGUUGUGGAAAUGAUACAUACCUGUUUGCUUUGUGCCGCGAGGGUAAUAUCCGUAUGUGGUCCUGUAAUAAAGCUCAGUGUAUAGCUGUAACUGAUGCGUCGAUCGAUAAUCGUGUAGCAUCGCAAGGAGCACAAGGCCAUUUAUUGAGGAAAGUAGUAGGAUCUGAUAAUGAACUAUACUUGGGAACUUUUUUAAAGUUUACUACUAGAUGCGAGUUUAGUAUUUUAAAACCUGUUUUGGAAAAUGGCGUGUUCAAGUUUUCAAGGCUAUGUACAAGAUUCGCGCAAGAUCAACAUUUAGUCGAUUUUUCAUUCACAACUACACGAUUAUGGGCAGUUUGGAGAACUACCGACAUGGAUACCGUCGAAGUAACGCAUGCACAGUUGUCGUUGAAUGGUGCACGCGUUAAUUCUGAGUGGGAAACAACAGUUUUAGAACAAACUCCUGAUAGAGAAUAUGUUGUUAGCGAUCCUGACACUAAUCCAAGACGGGCGUACAUUAAUUAUAUUUUUCAACCUGGACAGUUUUCUUUGUCUGACAUCACGAAGGCAUGGGAUAUUUACAGAAGAUCAAAACAGAAUAUUCAUGCUCGAAGAAGAUCUAAAAAACAGGUUUACGGAAGAUGUACAGACGACAGCGUUCUUUCUGCUAUCGAGUUGAAAGAUCGUGUCUGUAUCGCGGUAGAAGAUGAAAUCAAAGCCGAGGUGAUGGAUUUUGAACUUAUGGAUCAAGAUUAUUUGGAAAUAGCAAAUCGUUGUUGGUCAAGAUUUUAUUCUUGUGUCGUACAAUAUCACGCCAAUAGUGCCAGACCUGUGGGACUAUUAUUAUUACCCGAUGUUUACGGGAUAAUUUUACUUAAAAAAUCAUCGUUCUCGCUUUUAAGACCGACGGAAGCUUUGGAAUAUUUAAUGUUCUGCAAUGAAAAUUGCUGCGUGUCUCGAUUCAGAACAACACCUGUUUUAUCACAGAACGAAGAUAUAUGCCAGGAUCUAAUUAUAUUGAUGUCUGUGUUGGUAUUAUUAGAAGAUCAAAUGUCGGAAGAAACAAAAAACCUGAUAAAGAAGGAAUUGUAUCAUUUGAAAAGUCCUGACACUAUUAUCGAUGAUAUAUUGUCGAAGCUGUUGCUUGAAUCGGAAGAACCUAUUAGUAACAUCAUUAUGGAUCAUCCUAGUUGUCACAGACUAUCGAAUGUCCGGGAUCUGUCCAGUGCCAUAGCCAUGUUACUAGAAGCAUUAACAUAUGACCUCGGGCAGCCGCAUAAGCUACAAUUCAACGAAGGCCACGACGCGUCCAAAAUAUUGCUGAAUAUAAAUCAUUUUUUCGGCAGUCAACUAGGAAUCUCGGCAAUAUCGAAAAGCGUAACUCAAAUAACGCAACUGAGAUUCUCGAUCUGCAGGAAUCUGCUGAUUUUGCAACAAAUGAUACUAUUACGGCCAGAGUUAUUCGACUCGCGAUCAUUACACUCUAUCAAAUCAUCGUUAGUGCCGAGAACAGUAGCUUUAACGCAAGCUUACUACGUUGUACUAUGGAUUUGCGAUUCAACGGCGAUGCCAGCACCAACGCAAUCAUUGUUAGAUUCCAGUAUUCAACGUCUAGGGUUAUUAAAACUCGCGGAUGCCAGGGGAAACGUAGGAUUCAAACAACACCGUUCUUUAUCGUUGCUGGAAUUAUUUAUACAAAAUAGUGGUGCAAAAUGUGCUCACAAUUUAAUAGCUCACACAAAUUUGGAUGCAACCACCUUAAUACCAUGGCAUUAUGGCAUGUUGACACAUGUUACGUUAAUCGCACAAUUGGUAUGGCCGAGAUCGGGAAACUUCAUUUUUCCCGAAUGGCUCUUGACCACUUGCCAAUUUUUGCUUGUACAAGAAUAUGUUCGACUAUUGAACACAUGGUGCGAAUGGAACAGCGCAUCCAGGAAGUUCAUAUUAGCGGUUGCGUUGUUGGAAAUGGGAGAAGCGCAGAAAGCUUGCGAUCACUUCCUUCGAGCAUCCGGAGGGAUUUUAACCGAUGAAUUCUUAGCCGACACCUUACUCGAAACCUGUGUGCAAACAGAAAAUAAUUCAUUGAUUCAGUAUUAUUUGAAAGUAAUCAAACUGUUCGAAGAGCACAAUGCUGCCGAUUGUAUUAUUGAACUCGCUGAAACAGCUAUACUGAUAGCCGACAAGGAUGAUCCUAACUUACCAACGCUUCAUUCCAUAGUAUUUACGCAACAUUUGAACUUGGGUCAUCACACCAAAGCGUACAACUGUUUAAAUUCGAAUCCGGACGCUGCUCGUAAAGUCGACUGUUUGAGACAGUUGGUAGUCACCCUGUUCGAGAGACGAAAGCUCAUAGACUUGAUCUCGUUUCCCUAUGUGGAUAUGUACGAAGAUCUUGAGAGAAUAGUGGAGGGCAGAGCCAGGAGCGUGGACCUCAUGGAAAAUAACUAUUAUAAUUUCUUGUACAGUUUCCACAUAAACAAGGGAAACAUGCGUAAAGCUGCCUCCGUUAUGUACGAACAGGCCAUGCGUUUGAGUCAGGAGUCACAAUCUGUCACCAUAGUGUCGAGACAAGCGCAAUGUUUGUUGGCAUGUAUCAACGCGUUGCAUCUUGUGUCCGAUAAAUACAGAUGGAUCGUCAGACCCGUGAUAGAUCAGAACUAUCCGGAGGAUUUGAGUCAUCUUGAUAGACAGAGUAGUCUGAAAGGAAGCAACGAAGAUAUCAUUCCUUAUAAAAUUAAAAAGCAGAUCGAAGUUCUUGAACUAAAUGACAUCAAGAAGGAGUACUAUGUAGUGGACGCCAGAUUGAAAAUAUCCAAAAUUAAUUCGGAAUUGCAUGUGGUCGCACAUGCUGGUCCUUCGGAGCUUAUCAUUAUUUUAUCAACUAUAGGUUUAUAUACGACAGCGUUACAUUUGUGCGACGAAUUUAAAGUCAAUAAAAGUUCCGUGCUCGAAAGUUUAACUUCGCAAUGCAUUCGGUUAAGUCGAAGAGAAGAUUCGAAUGCUUGGGAUUGGCUCAUUCAAAAUGAUAUAUUCGACAUUGGUCUGUCCAAUACGAAUAUUACAAACACUGCCUGGAGAUUGCUACAGUAUCUAACAUUGAAACACGAGAAAGACAAAUGCAGCGAAUUGCAUAAAGCAAUUUCUAAAAAACUACUUCAAGAGGGGGCGUUUAUCCCUCAGUGGUUGUUAAUAUCUUACAAGAAACGGAAUGCUGCAGAACUUUUACGUCUCAUGCUGAACAGUGGAAGAAUAAUAGAAGCCAGCGAUUUAGCAGUAGAGUACAUUCAUGCGAUCCUGGGGGAUGGUAAAGAACAUUUCGGCCUUGAAUCGUUUUUAACGUCCGUGUCUCCAGCAGUCUGGUUACCGUUUAACACUUUGGAAGUACUUUUACAUGAAUUAGAAAAAGCUAGCAAAGAGAAUAGUAUUUUUUCUGAGUCCUAUCAGAAGCUGUUAGAGGCAUUGAAUGUGUAUGAACAGGAAGUAACGAGCGUGUCGAAGAAUAUGAUUGAAAUGAAGUUAAAUAAAAAGAUUUGUUAACCGUGAGUAAAGUACAUUAUUUUCAAAUUUCAUUAGUUAUCCACUUAACACAAAGACAAGAGAAAGUAAAUCAGCAUGUAUACAAGUGUACGCAGCUAUUUUUACAUGAACCUUCCCAAGCUAAAUAAUUGUGCCAAGAAUGAACAAAUUUCGAAUAAAACCAGAAAUGACCUCGUGGAAUCAAGUCUAUGACCCCUUUGCAGAACAAUACUAAGUAAUCUAGACUUUAAUAGGUUGAAAAAUGAAUACCUUAAUGACGAAGAAUCUCUCUUUAUAAUUCUUUCAUUAUUGGUUAUGAUUACAGCAUCGAGGAAGCUUUACGUACCUACAGAACCAGUGUCCUGUAUUGUGCAUAUUUUGGCGUACUGAACCAAUCUAUUGUUAAUUAAUAUGCGUGUUUAAAAGUUUUCAAACAAAUGGAAGAAAGUUAAUUUGACUUUAGAAAACGGUUGUACACUAAAGACAGACUGGCAACAUAUUUGGCAAAAAAACCAUGUUAUUUAUAGAAUCAUUUUCAAACAAGAA